AGAUAUAUUAUAUACAAUAAUAUAACACUUUGACAGGGGCCGUUAUGCAUAAUGAGCAUUUACUUCUGAUACUAUUAGUGAAUAGCCUACUUGUUCUGGAGUAUUUCUGGAUGUGCAUUACUACUCUUAUUUCAGUAAAGGAUCUGAAUACAUCAUACACCACUGACUAUAAACUAGAACAUGCUUUUAGUAGAUGGGACAUUACAUUUCACUUAUAUCUGAAUCAUAAACCUGGAAUGGCCCUAACAAAUGGCUAGAAUCACACCUCACAUCCUGUUUUAUAGGAUUUAAGUCUAGCAACAAUCACAAAGGAAAAACAUUUUUAAAAAAUAUUUUUGCCAAGGACUUCCUGGAACUCCCACGUCCACAAGUAGAGGCCCUGGAUAGUAAUGUAGCCUACUUGAACAAUAGUAGUAGCCAUAAACUAGCCGAGACUUCUCCACACAGCACCAGAUCACACUGUGGCAGCUUUGGGUUCAUUUGGAGAAGGUGAAUGCAUCCUGAGUCACUGAACUCUCCUCUGAGUCUGCGCAGAGCUGCAGUCCGACCAGAACAAGACUUUGUGGACACCGCGUAGCAGCUGAUACUUCACCUGGUAGAUGUCUCCCGUGGGCUUGCGUUGUCUUCUCUUUAUCUCUGUUGUGGUGUGUUACUGGGUGCCGGCAGGCUGCUAUGCCGACGGCAAGGUCACCAAAGUCUGUGACAGCAUGGAACCCCACCAUGGUGUCCCCGGUCAAACCACUCACAGCCCCUACCGCCUAGAAACCAACACCACCACCACGUUCAGUCCAGGAGACCGGAUCCAAGUCAUCCUAUCCGGAACAUCGUAUUUUGAGGGCUUUCUGCUUCAGGCCAGAGAUGCAGCCAAUCAGGGCUCAGUAUCCACCGUUGGCACCUUCACCCUGACCAAUGUAAACAAGACACAGCUGCUCCCCUGUAAUAAGCACAAGGGUUCAGCAGUGAGCCAUACGAGUGAUGCCAGACAGACAGAGGUUAUUGUCAUCUGGAAUGCUCCUAAAGAUGCUCCCGGACAGGUUCAGUUUUUUGUGACUGUAGUUGCCCACUACAGUGUAUUUUGGGUGAAGCUGCCUGGACCAAUCAUCUAUCAGCAUGGUGUUACUCCCCAGCCACCUCAGUCAGACACUACACCUCCUCCAGUACAACCUACGACCACACCCCCCAUCCUGCCUGGGCCUUUUACUUCUGAGGGAUGUGGCCAAUCGAAAUCCUGCCUGCUAGAUCCUCCAGGCUGUGAUCCAAAAGAAGAUCCUCACUGCUUCUUCCUGUCCAUGACUACAGAUGGACCGGACAAAACGUCUGUGAUAUUUGAGCUGAGUGGCCCAGCGGAGGGAUACAUUGCCUUUGCAUUGUCCUGGGACACAUGGAUGGGCAAUGAUGAUGUGUAUAUGUGUGUAAAAGAUGGAGAUAGAGUAUCAGUGAGUGCUGCCUUCGUGAGUGGACGAACACACCCUGAGGACCAGUCACAGUCUGGUCUCUCCUUAGUGUCAUGGCGACUUGCAGAUGGAGUGAUUCAGUGCAGGCUGAGUAGACCAGUCAAACUGGCCAAUCAGGAAGCAGCCCGCUAUGAUCUGGACCAAGACUACUAUCUGUUUCUAGCCAACGGACAUGCUGAGUACGGUGAAAUAUGGAAACAUAGUCAACAGCCAUUAAUCUCCACCCAUAGAAAACACAUCACUGGACCCCCUGAGGUCCUGAGAGGCUCCCGGGGACCCAUCAUUAUGAAAAUACAUGGUGCACUAAUGCUAUUAGCCUGGAUGCUAACAGGAAGUGUUGGUACGUUCAUUGCCAGCUUCUACAAACCUGAUUGGGCAAACCAAACUCUACUCGGCCAGAAAGUCUGGUUCCAGGUUCAUCGAGGCCUGAUGAUGCUAACUGUGACUCUGACCAUUGUAGCCUUUUGCCUCCCAUUUUUCUACAGGAAAGGUUGGAGCAAGCAUGCAGGUGUCCAUCCAUACCUCGGCUGUUGCGUUCUAACAUUAUCUCUGAUUCAACCAAUAUUGGCUGCAAUCAGACCGUCACCUGACUCACACAGGAGAUAUAUCUUUAACUGGGGCCACUGGGGAGUUGGGUCUGUGACUGAGAUCAUGGCAGUGGCAGCCAUGUUCCUGGGGACGCGUCAAUCAUCCCUGCUCCUCCCCCAGCCAUGGGCAACACAUGUCCUGAUUGGCUAUGUGACAUGGCUGGCCUCAUUUAGGUUCCUCCUCCUGAUGCACAAGCACCUCUACAUCAAGAAAAUCAGCUUUGGGAGCAGAUGACCAACAGGCCAUCCUCUCUGACCAAUCAGUGCAUGGUUUCUGGGGGUCCUUCAUAAAGUCUCUCAUCUUGGCUGCCUUGGCUCUGGGAAACUCUGGUCUCCUAAUGGCUUUGCUGUCUUCUAUUGCGGAUGUGUGACAUUUAAUGGCAAAGAAACUCUAACUUUCAAGACCAUGACCAUUUUUAAAAGGUGACUUUCUAUGCAAGGCUUGGAAUACCAGUAAAUUCCAAGUUCAGCAAGGCCUGAGGAGAGAAAGAAUGAGGAACUUUUUUUCACGACGAACACACAAUCAUUAUUUAAAAACAAAUCAAUGUUUCUUUUUUGUUUAUAUUCAGAUUGUUGGUUGUAUUUGUGUAGUUAUAAGUUUGAGUUAUUCCUAUAAAUUUUCUAAUUCAAUGUUCAUAUUCUAAUUUUAUUUUAAGUGGCAUUUUUUAUGUUUAAAGGUGCUAUUGAUUGAGGCACAUUGAUAACAUCUAUAACAUUUAGCUACUAAAUGUUGCAUUCUCCCUCCACCUUUCCAUUGCAUUCACUUAACAACAAAUGGUUGCCAGUUCAUUGUACAACCUGCUUAUUUAAUGGUCGAGUGGAAUGUGUAUGCACCCCCUACACUUGAAUUACAAUAUGCUGAAAGGUUAUUGUGGAAUUUUGCCCAAUGAUGCCAAAAAAAGAUGUUGCCUACUGGAGCUUUAAUUAAGUCCAACUGAAGUUAAAUAGCAUUCUUUCUGUCUGCUACAGUAACAUAUCUGCUCAUUUGUCCUGUGUUCUCCUUCCGGAAAAAAAAUCUGAUAGCAUAAGAUUGAAAUUAUAUUUUAUAUAUUAAUUAUUGUUUUCUUUUUUUUGGUUUCCCGAUGGUGCCAUGGAUGUAUGGAUGGCGCCCUCUACGUAGAUGGGGACCUUAUUUUGAUUCAGCCAAUCAAAUCUUGCAUAAAGCAGUAACGUUAGCGUUGUAUCGCAGGCAGAGCAGGACGGUCACACUGAGCCAGACAGCCAAGAGCCUCAGACUCACUAGCUUUCUUGCUAAAGUCUGCUUCUUAUCUCACUUACAAACAUGAACACAACCGUCUUGUCCUACACCUCAGCUUGUUGAAUGAGACAAACAAGUCACUGGAGAAAAGUGCACUGUUAAUGUCAGUUUGCAGGCUAGAUAGCACAUUACAUGUAAAUGUAAGUAUCAGUUGCAGAACGUGGUCUCUUCUUCAACAACACGCUGUCUGCCCACCACAUGUAUGAUCAUCCAUUUGUUUGCUUGUUUGUUGCUUGAAUAUAUAUGCUGACUAUAGUGCCCCAAGGCUUAUGUUGUGCAGUGUUUGUCUUAUCUGUAACUAUUACGAAUAAAAAUUGCCAUGACAUCACAUUGUACUGUA